AUAGCGAGCCUCUACUGUGUGCUGCUGGAUGCACGCUGACACCUGCCGGAGCAUCUCGCUCUCUCUGCCGCUGCAGCCUUAGUUAGAGAGAAGAAAAGAGCAGCUGCAGGACCGAUGGAGAAGAAGCAAGGAUCUUCUCAUCCGUACGGUUCACUGGAGCGCACAGAGUGGAGCAGAAACCACCACAGACCAGAGGACGACGUGGUGUCCAUGGCAGACUCCACCAUCACCUUGGAUGACAUAGAGGGGGAGCUCUUCAAGAUUGAAAGGAUCAGGGAUGUCCUGGUCAGGAGGGAGUCAGAGCUCAGAUAUAUGAUGGAUGACAUUCAGCUGUGCAAGGAGAUCACUCGACUGAAGAAAGAUCUGCAAAAAUUAGUGUCCAUACCAGAUAAUGACAAGUCCAAUGAAGACCGGCAGAAGGAAGAAGAACUUCUGCAGCAGAUCCACAAGCUGGUGGAGACCAGAGAUUUCCUGGUGGAUGAUGUGGAGUUUGAACGACUCAGGGAGAAAGAAGAAGAUAAAGAAAUGGCAGAUUUUCUGAAGUCCAAAUUCCCAAGAAACCUGAAGAAGACAGGUGUACCAACAAGACGGGCAACAUCCAGGGCUCAGCAGACGUCAUCACCCUUCACCAAGACAGGUCUCACCCUGCUGAAGGAGUGCUGUGGCUUCACAUGUUCCAUCAUGUAGACUGGAGCCAAAACAGAGGGCCCCCCACUGCAAGGCUGACACAGGGGCCACGAACCAAAAUGGCCAUUCCACAGAGUCAAUAUUUCCAGUUUCAGCUUUUCAGUACCAAAUAAGACUUUGAAGCAUGGAUGGCACAGUUCAGGUGCCAGCUGAGAAUUUCCAAGAGAGCAAUGGAUGUUGCAAAGAUGUUUUUUCUUUCAUCCCAGGACCCAAGUUUGUUGGAUCUGUUUGUCUCUUAAUCUCUUUCAUUUUAAUUAAUACCUGUUUUGGUUUUCCUCAUGCGCCUCUGUUCUCCACCUCUCUCACAUCUCACUCCUGUUCUCAUUCUUGCUUUUGCUAAUCAUCUCUGUUCAGCCAACUCAUACUGUAUUUAUUUCUCAUUUUCGGGCAGACAGGACAGGAUUUAAAGGACAGAAACAGCAUAGCCUGAGUCAACUAUCACACCAGUGCAGUUGCACAUGCACAGAGGACACACUAAUUGGAUUUAACCAUCAUGGCACGCCUACAAGUUUUAUAUUUAAAGACUUCACUGAGCUAUGAUAACUGUCAUCUCCUCAUUAUAAAAGUAGCUGUGUGCCGGAGUCAGCAGGCCAGUCUAGAUACACUGCAGGCACUUUAUAAUUAGCAUUAAGGAGAUAACGCUAAUGAAACUGACAUUAAUCAGGAACUCUGUUAGAAAGUUGCCUGUGAUUCGGCUCCAGAAGCUAAUGUGUAUGACCUUUUUAAAAAGUGGUGUUCUCAUGAAGAAUUUAACAGAUGUCUCAUCAGGCUGCAUUACCCUUUAUUAAUAGUUAACAAAUGUUGAUGUAUUUUUUUAUAUGUAUCCCUGUAUGUUUCCAUCAGUGAUAUGUUGUGGGAUGUAGCACUUUGUUUUGUUUAUUCACAGAGAAACAUAAUAACAAGGGGGGAAGUCCUGACUAGACAUGGUAUUUUACUUUCGAUACAACUAAGCAGUCAUCCUAUGUAAAUACUUUUCUAGAUAUUUCUGGUGAAUAUUCUGCAGAGGAGACUAACAAGUUGACGGCAGAAGGGACAGAUAGGGAUGACAGUGUUGCUUGUGGACACAUACAGUAUUGAAACAUACAUAGGUGACCAUGUGGUGCUGUAUGCACAUGAGCGAACUGAGGUAUCAGCACGCACGGACCACUUAAACUUGAGUCAGUCAUUCUUAUUCAUUUCUGUCCAUAUGCAUGUUUCCUCAAAUGAGCUAAAUAGUGCUCAACUGAUACUGCAGACUACUGGAUCUAAUAGUGAUAAAUAUAGGCAUCAUAUGCAUCAUUAAGGCACACAUGGCAAGUUUUUGAGUGGGUAUUUUAUGUUUCCUAUGACUCUAUGGGCCAGGUGCAAACCUUCUUAGCCCACGUCUGCUACUGCAUAAACAUUAUAUCUUUGUUACCACCCUGAAUUUCUAGAUAUGUAUGUAUAGAGCGUCUAUAAGGCUCUUCACUAGCCACUGGCUCAUACAUCUAAGGACACGGGGCACACAGAUGUAGUGGCCAAUCAAACUACAGAGCAGAUCUCUGUGUUGCCAAGAAGAAUAGUCACCAUAGCAACUGUGUAUACCCCAUAUCUUUACAAUGAGACAAUGAGGAAGGUUGGACGGAUAGGCGACAAAAACAAAUACAUGCACGCUAUAGUGGUUACCUAGUGAAAGGUAAAGAGGAGACAGAAUGAUAUUGCUGUUGCAUGUUUUGGAUUCACUGGAGGGACAACUUAGCCCACUAAGGACUGUGAAAUAACUGCUUUCAUUGAUCCUCUGAAUCCCUCUUACACAAUUUUAGAUAAACUUAAAACUGCUCAGAGAUGAAGUAAACUCAGAGCAACAAUGUUUGUACAGAACAUGAAUGCAAAUUGAAGUUUCUUAUAUCUUUUUUAAAUAUUAUCGAUGAUAAAUUUCUCUGUGGAUCUCUCAGUUUGCUUCUCAUCUCUAUAUGACUCAGCAUUGACUUAUGUGGUUGCGAGCAUACAUCCAUCCCUGCUAGUCCUUGGGAUACGUGGAUAGAGCUGUCUCUUGUUCAGUCACUGGAUCUUUUGAUAUUCAGUCUCAACACUGUCAUAGAGGCUUUGGGUCACAUAUCACCCAGCAACCGUAUCUGUUGCUGUCAUGAUGGAGGCCCACAGGGGAAUUCGAUGUGUGCCAGAAAUGUUGAAAAAUUGUAUGUAGAAAGACAAAAGAUACUCUACCAGAAAAAGAUGUAUUCCUGUUAUAUGGCUGUGUGUAAGUAAUAUGUGAGAAGAGGUGAAUACUCUUGAUAAGAAAAUGUGUUUCAAAGGUAUAACAAUUUGAACCCUUUUGCCAAAAGUUGUAGCCUGACAUUGACAACAAUCAACCCCGCCUGUUUACGGGGUUGAGCUGCACAACGAAUGAAUAUAACCUUCAUCUAAUCAGUAAUCAUUAUUUGCAUGGUGACUUUGAGUGUGAGGCAUGUUUCAGUUCCUCAGUUUUCACAUUUAGGCACAAAACCAGCUGUUCACACCAGCUGGAGGGUGUGUUACAUCCCCUGACGGCGCUCUGCACCAGUCAAGCGAGGAUGCAAGAGUUGUUUUGAGGAAAAUUCUUAAGAGACGGCAGAAGAGGCGACACGUAGCAUCUUAGCAGGACAGGAGAGAGAAUCAGAGAGAGAAAAUUAUUUAAGAGGAGAGGCUAAAGUGGGUGAAAGCAGGGGAGAUGAGGAGAAAGAGAAAGCGAGUGGGAGGGCACAG